GGCUUCCUCUCUCAACCUGGUGAGACUGCUGUGUCAGUACACCAGGCAGAGUUGGGCCCUAGCUUAAGCUAGCAAUAAAGCCUUUUUGCUUUUGCAUCUCUGGCUCCGUGUGGCCUUUGGGAACCCUGGACGGAGUUGAGGCGCCAACUCUUAACAAUAUUAUACUUGGCGGUCCUUGAGAAUUUGGACGUCUGCUUGCACAGAGAUUUUGAAACGAAAAUGUGUGAGACUCGGUGAGGCAGCCCCGGGCCUGGAGGAAGCUCUCGGAGCAGAAGAGGAGGAGGGCGCGGGGCGAGCCCCAGGCCCGGGGUGAGGCUCUCGGGUCUCGGUCCCAGGGCGGUGUCUGGGGCGGGGAAGGUGGCUGUUGGGGACUCCCACCUCCCCCAGUGGCACCUCUCCCUGCAAGACCUGUGUCAGGCCCUCCCGCCUGGACGCUGGUGACUCAGCCCAGUUCCCUCUCCCCGCGGCCUGAGGGCGCCGAGCAGCCGGUCAGCGUCCCCGGGCUCCAGGCACCGCGUCUCCACCCGCCCCGCCCGGGCGCCCAGCGUCUCGGCCGGGUGGCGAGGACCAUGGGGCCCCCGCUCCUCCUGCUGCUGCUCUUGGGGGCGCUGGCCCCGACGGAGGCCUGGGCGGGCUCCCACUCCCUGAGGUAUUUCUACACCGCCAUGUCCCGGCCCGGCCGCGGGGAGCCCCGCUUUCUCAUGGUGGGCUACGUGGACGACACGCAGAUCCUGCGGUUCGACAGCGACGCAGCGGGGCCAAGGGUGGAGCCGCGGGCGCCCUGGAUGGAGCGGGAGGGGCCGGAGUACUGGGAGGGGGAGACGCGGGACAUAAAGGCCAGGGCUCAGCGGUUCCGAGAGGACGUGCUCUACCUGCUCGGCCGCUACAACCGGAGCGAGGCGGGGUCUCACACCUUCCAGAACUUGUACGGCUGCGACGUGGGGCCCGAUGGGCACCUCCUCCGCGGGUACAGCCGGCACGCCUACGAUGGCGCAGAUUACCUGACCCUGAGCAAGGACCUGCGCUCCUGGACCGUGGCGGAUGAAGCUGAUGAGGUGGCUCAGAUCACCCGCAGCAAGUGGGAGGCGGGAGACAGAGGGUUCUGCAGAAACUACUUGCAGGGCACGUGCCUGGAGUCGCUUCUCAGAUUCCUGGAAAACGGGAGGGAGACGCUGCAGCGCUCAGAUCCCCCAAGGACACAUGUGACUCACCACCCCACCUCUGAGCAUAAGGUCACCCUGAGGUGCUGGGCCCUGGGCUUCUACCCUGCGGACAUCACCCUGACCUGGCAGUGUGAUGGGGAGGAUCUGACCCAGGAGACAGAGCUGGUGGAGACCAGGCCUGGGGGAGAUGGAACCUUCCAGAAGUGGGCGGCUGUGGUGGUGCCUUCUGGAGAGGAGCAGAGAUACACGUGCCAUGUACAGCAUGAGGGACUGCUGGAGCCCCAAGUCCUGACUUGGGUGCCCCCUCCUCAGUCCUCCAUCCCCACCGUGGGCAUCAUUGCUGGCCUGGUUCUCUUUGGAGCUGUGCUCAGUGGCGCUGUGGUGGUUGCAGCUGUGAUGUGGAAAAAGAAAUACUCAGGUGGACAAGGAGGAAGCUACACUCAGGCUGCAGGCAACGACAGUUCCCAGGGCUCUGAUGUGUCUCUCUCAGCCCCUAAAGUGUGAGCCAGCUGCCUUUUGGGGACUGAGUGAUGCAGGAUUUCUUCUCAUCUUCAUUUUGUGACUUCAACAUCUGCUGCAGACAGGACAGCUGAUGAAAUUCUCUGCCAUUAAUGAAGACUCUAAAUGAAUUCGCAAUGGGGGGAUGCUGCGAGAGUGCCGUUAAGAGCAGCUCAGCCUCUCACUCUUCCAGCCCAAGCUUUUAUUAAAGACAUGAACAAAGGAACAAGAAAAUAGCACACAAUUGUGUUUGUGUUCAUACAGAUUAUUAAGUUACUGCUGGAACAAGCUUUCCUGAUUAGCAGGGAACAUGCACACAAGCCAGCCCAUCCUUAGAGAACAGGAGUCAGUUCUGGGAAGAAGUUCUGUUUGUGGAACUUCUAACAUCCUGGAACUCUGUGUGCAGAGUAAACUGGUGCUCUUCAAAUACUCCAGCUCCCUUUGGGCAGCAGACUCCCAUAAUAUCCCCCUUUUUAUUUUUAAAGCAAAGUAUAACUAGCUUUGGGCCUUCCCUGGUGGUGCAGCGGUUAAGCGCUGGGCUGCGAGGCUGCCCACAGCUUCUGCAGUGCCGGAUCAAUCCCUGCCCCAGGCGAGGGUCCCACAUGGUGCAGCAGACCUCUCCUCUGCAACAAUGUAUUGCUGCUGUGCCCGUCGUUCCUUCAGCAGUGUAUUUCGUCAGUCUGCCUGCUCUGUUCCUCACUCUGGCUCUGGUGAAUUCUCUCACCCUCCCGCACUUCUGACUGUACCCCAUGCUUGUAUAAAUAAAUAAAUAAAUCUUUUUUAAAAAAAGUAUAAU